UACCACCCACCACCUCACGCGCCAUCUUCUAGCUAGUAGCCGGCCAGAAUAACGCACAGUAAAACCUCAGUGCAGUUUAUUUCUGACAAAAAUACUCGGUUGUACUAGCUGUACUGAACAAUGAGUGACAUUGAGGAUGGAAAUUACGACCGACGGGUUAUUGAUCGUGAAGGAUUUGAAGAGUUUUAUCCAAGAAUGCUGAAGAAAAUUUUCAAGAUAAAAGAAGGCUAAUGAAAACAUGUACAGAGCAGAACAUAGAAGUGGAAAGGGAGGAAAUGUGACGGAAGAAUGGUGUCAGAUAGAAGCGCUUGCAGUGUAAUGGCUAAAAUGAAACUGGUUUCAGUUUGGGUGAAGAGAGGAAAAACAGACCCGGAAUCAGAAAAUGAGAAAACUGAAAAAAGAAGAAUGAAGAACGAUAGAAAUCCUGAGAGAAGGGAGUAGCGUGUAAAGAAUCUGGAAGAAUGAAUGUGUCCGGGUCACGCUCCCCAUCUAAAUCGGAUCGCGAGAGUCCAGCUCGGGUCAAGUCGGAGAGCAGGUCCGGCACCCCGAGCCCAUCCCGGGCCUCCAAACGCUCCGAGUCCAGAUCCCGCUCUCGGUCAAAAUCUAGGUCUCGUUCUAGGCGGCACUCAAACCGCCGCCAUAGCCGUUCACGCUCUCGGUCCUACUCCCACCGGAGGAAGUCCCGCUCUCGUUCCUACAGCCCUGAAUACCGCCGCAGGAGGAGCCAGAGUGCUUCCCCUAUGUCAAACAGGCGCCGUAACACUGGCAGCAGGGUGAGUGUGAGAUCUGAAGAUGGGGCAAAGUUCAGCAGGCUACAGAAGGAGACACUUUGUAGCCAUGACUUGACAAAAGAAGCAUACAGUCAUGGUGGUGGUGGUGGUGGUGAUGCUGAUGUUAGGGCGAACCCUGAUCCCAGCACAUGUCUGGGGGUGUUUGGCUUGAGCCUGUACACCACAGAACGUGACCUGAGGGAGGUGUUUUCACGCUAUGGUCCUCUGGCAGGGGUCAACGUGGUGUACGACCAGCGCACGGGUCGUUCCCGUGGCUUUGCCUUUGUUUACUUCGAGAGAAUUGAGGAUUCCAAAGAGGCAAUGGAGCGAGCCAAUGGCAUGGAGCUGGAUGGGAGGCGCAUCAGAGUGGAUUACUCCAUCACCAAACGUCCCCAUACCCCCACACCAGGAAUCUACAUGGGCCGACCAACUCACAAUGGGGGUGGUGGCGGUGGUGGUGGUGGCGGCGGCGGCGGCGGCGGUGGUAGUGGCGGCAGUGGCAGUGGUAGCAGCAGGAGGGGGAGAGACUCAUACUAUGACCGUGGUGGCUACGACCGCUAUGACAGAUAUGACGAGUACGACUAUAGGUACAGUCGCAGGCGCUCUCCAUCACCCUACUACAGUCGAUACAGGUCUCGCUCACGGUCUCGCUCCUACAGCCCACGGCGAUACUAAGUUGCUUCUUCCGACGUUCAGCUUCCCUCCAAUAAUUGAUGGGUGUGUGAUUCAUCGAGGUGUUUCUGAGGGGAACAUUUUGAAUUAGCAUGACUAUAUCAACAGAACUCUUAAGUUUGAGAUAGUUCCUGUUUACAUGCAAUAGAUGUCUUAAUUUUUAGACGUUUUGACGCAUCUGUGUUGCAGAUGUUGAGUGUGAGCAAAGAACUCAGCUGUUGGUCACUGUUUCUCAUUCUUGGACUACCUUCCUUUCUUCUUCAUUUUCUGCAGCAAUGAUACCUUUUUUCCUAUUAAGUGAUGGUUUUUGAAAUUUAUUGCACUGAUCAAUGUAAACAUGGCCCUUGUAAUCUUGGGGAAAUAACUGGGUUUUAGUAAGUGAUGGUGACACUUAAUUUUACAACCUGUAUUAAAUACAUAGGAAUACACGCUCUGUUUGUACAGUAAAGAUAACAGAUUAAUCUCAAUGCUACCUUGCACUUACUGAGUUUACUGGUAAGUAGCAGGUAAAGUGGGCUGUAAAAAGAAGUGUUCCCAGCAAUCAGUGGUUGGCUCUCUGCUCACAUUCAGGCCCUAUUGACACCUGGCAUUAACAUGCAUCUUGGGUGAUCUAAUCACAAGUGGACAGCUCCAGGUACGCCAGUUCACUCCUGGCUUUACAAAUACGUCUUGAGGGACCACUUGUGAUCGGAUCUCCCUUUCCCGCUCUAUAUGUAAAUAAACGCGUACAUCAUUUGAGUUUGCAAUAAUGAAAUGUGUUGUUUCAGCCAGUGGGAGGCAGUAAAGCACUUCCUGUGCCUAGUCUGCAGGAAGUUUGCCAAGACUUGUUUUGUUCUUUGUACUGACUCUUUGGCCCUAAUGUAAAUCAGACAGUGUGUUUUAUGUGUACUCCGUCCACAAGAAUCCAUUUUGCCUGUUGUGGCUUUUCUCACUCUAAUAUGACGCCAUUGGCAUGCGAAUGAAUAUGUACUUCCGCUUACGCAGAGAAUGUCAGUUCAGUAGACAGUCCUGCAGUGUAGCCCAGGAAACAUUUACGUACGUAUUGCUAAAAUAAAAAUGUGGCCAUAGGCGGUCCCAGACCACCUCCAAAUGUGGUCUGGGCGUGUGGCCGAAUCUUAAUGUGUCCUCAAUGUGUUUUGGGUGCAUUCACACCUGUACUUAGGUGUCCACUUGUGAUUGGAUGACCCAAGGCACAUGUUAAUGCCAGGUGUAAACAGGGCCUCUUGUCUGUUUUUGUUUCUUUUUUGGUUUGGUUUUGGGGUUUUUUAGUCAAGGGAGUCAUCAUUUGAGUUUCUCCAGAGAGUUUUAUUAUCAUGUAUUACAUUUUUUAUUGUUGUUUCUUUGUAUCGAAAUACAAAUAUUUGAAAACUCCAAA